AUGGAGGAACAAGCACUGGAUCGGCGGCAUUAUCGAAAUGGUGACACACCGCAAGAGACGAGACGCAAAUCCAUCUCUGGCUACUCUCGUCACAGUUCCUCCAAUCAACAGAUCCUUCCGCCACCCCCUCCAGUCGUCGAUCCACACCAUCCGCUCAACCGAAAAAGGCCUCGAAGCAUCCCCCACCCAACAGCCAGUCUCCGAGCAACAAUGCCACGAAAAGAAACUGAUUUAGUCGAUAGGAUAUGGCACGAUAUCGACGAGGAACAACGGGAGAAAAAUAAGAAGCGAAGAGAAGAAGCGAAACGACGAGAAGCACCUCUACAACACUCUCCACGCGAUUACCUCCCGUUGACUGCGAAUAAUUUGAAAAAUUUCAAGAAUGAGGACUCGACGAUCAGCGAUUUUAUUCAUCGAAAAAUGAUGGUCGAUCGGCUGCUCGGCUAUAAAAUGUUAUUGGGAAAAAUGGAGAAUUGUGGGACUCUUGGAUACGAGAAGAUGACGGAGGACGAGGUUGCGGAGCUUUCUGAGGAAUGGCUGAAAUUAUUUCCACCGGAACAUGAGGAUAUGAUUAAUGAACAUGUACAAAGGAUAGGUCCCAGGACACCGCCGACGCCAGAAGACGAACGAGAGAAGGAGGAGGAGGAGACAAAACGGCCCAGGAGGGGGCCGAAGACACCCCCAGGCUCACCGGGACCGUCGAAUUCGGUUUCAGUGCCCCCUGUUGUAGACCAACAGGCGGCUGUAAAUAGAAGAGAGUUAAUUGAGCAAUUAGCGAUGAAUUUCGGAAUUAGCCCGUUUAAAGUGGAAGAGACUCUGGGGGAUGGAUUGGAUAAGGCUCUUGAGGAUUGCUCGAAAAAGAUUAAGAAUGAGUUGAUGGAGACGUUUAAGGAGCAAUUGAUGAGUCAAUAUGAUAAGAAACAGGGGGAGCAACAGCAGAGAGUACGCGACGACCUAUCCGAUCAGAUGGAGUUGGUAUCCGACGACUCGUUAUCACUCGACCUUGCACCCGUCAAAAAAGAGGAACCCGAUAUGAAUAUGGCUCAAUACCAUAUGGCAGUCCCCCCACCGCCCAUUCCACCGCCCAUUCAGCCGCCCUAUUCAUACUAUCCUCCACCGAACGCCCCGCCCCCUUAUCAAUACGCUCCGCCCCCACCGCCGCCACCACAGCCACCGCCACAACAACAACAACAACAACCACAGGCGACUUAUCAGCAGAAUAUGAUGUGUUAUCCACCUCCUCCGGCGCCUCAACCACCACCACUCAUUCCGAACGCCCCGCCCCCUCAAAUGCAUUACCAGAUGGUGGCUCCGCCCCCUCAACAACAACAACAGUACCCACCACCACCACAACCACCGAUGCUCCUCCCACCGGUCAACGUCCCGCCCCCACCGAUUGGCGUACGGAUUCCAGAUGCCGCCCCUCCUGUGUCGAUGCCACCAAUGAUUCCCACGCAAGCUCCGCCCACUUUUCCGGGAGAUUGUUGGCGUGUUUCUGCGGCUGGGGGACCGCCGCCGCCGCAGCCGCAGCCAUCAGAACCAUGGCAGCCACCGGUUUCAAGCGCGCCGGCGGCGCCCCAGCCCACGGCUCCGCCCCCUCCACCGUCAGUGGUUAACGUACAAAGUACACUUUUCUCGGCUCUCGGUUUACAUAAAUUUCCACUUCCGCCGUUGCCUCCGCCUCCUCCUCCGCCUCCUCCGCCUCCUCCGCCUCCUUCGACGUCUUCUCAGAAUCCUUCUCAUCAGAAUUCUCAGAAUCCUUUCUCUUCGCUCCAGGCGCCUCCUCCGCCGCCACCGCCUCAGGUGGCUGGCGCGCCUUCGACGCCUUUUCCUCCUCCUCCGCCGCCUCCCGGCUCUCAGCAGAUUCUUUCUCCUCCUCAAUAUCGUGGUAGGAAUGGUCCGCCGCCACAGAGAGGACAAUAUUAUCAGAAUUAUUAG